UAGAGCAGAGGCAGGAGCUGGAGGGACAGCGGAGUCCAGGAUGGGGAGCUCAGCUGGGGCUGCAGUUGUCCUCUUUCUUGUCCUCUGGGAACCAGCAGGUGCCUUCUGGCUUUUCAACGUGCUCUUCCCACCCAGUACCACCCCAGAAGCAGCUCUCUCCAACAACACUCCCCCUGUGGUGCUUGUGCCUGGUUGCCUGGGAAACCAACUAGAGGCCAAGCUGGACAAGCCGGAUGUGGUGAACUGGAUGUGCUACCGCCAGACAGAUGACUUCUUCACCAUCUGGCUGAACCUCAACAUGUUCCUGCCUCUUGGGGUUGACUGUUGGAUUGACAAUACAAAAGUGAUCUACAACAGGACAACUCGGAGGGUGUCCAAUGCUCCUGGAGUCCAAAUCAGAGUCCCUGGGUUUGGCAAAACCCACUCAGUGGAAUACCUGGACAGGAGCAAACUGGCAGGGUACAUGCACACACUGGUGCAGCACCUGGUCAACAAUGGCUAUGUGAGAGACCAAACCGUGCGGGCCGCCCCCUAUGACUGGAGGAUUGGGCCUAAUCAGCAAGAGGAAUACUUCUGCGACCUGCGCAGCCUUGUGGAGGAAAUGCGUAAGGCCUACCAGAAGCCUGUCUUCCUCAUUGGACACAGCCUGGGAAACCUCAACAUCCUCUAUUUCCUCCUCCAGCAGUCCCAGGCCUGGAAACGCCAGAACAUCCGGGGCUUCAUCUCCCUGGGGGCUCCUUGGGGGGGAGCAGUGAAGCCCAUAAGGGUCCUGGCCUCAGGUGAUGACCAGGGCAUCCCCAUUAUGUCCAGCAUCAAAUUGCGCGAGGAGAAGCGCAUGACCACGGCCAGCCCCUGGAUGUUCCCAGACACAAUGGCGUGGCCCGAGACCCAUGCCUUCAUCUCCACCCCAUCCUACAACUACACCUACCAGGACUACCAACGCUUCUUCACUGACAUUAACUUUGAGGAUGGCUGGUACAUGUGGAACGACACCAAGGACCUGCUGAAGGGGCUGCCUGCACCAGGGGUAGAGGUGUAUUGCAUCUAUGGCACGGGUUUUCCCACUGCGGAAACCUACAUUUACAACGACCGCUUCCCCUACGAGGACCCCAUUGACUUCGUGUAUGGGGAUGGGGAUGACAGCGUUAACCGCCGCAGCCUAGAGCUCUGCAAGCGAUGGCAUGGCCAGCAGGAACAGAAGGUGCACGUGGUGGAGAUGCCUGGCGUCGAGCAUCUCAACAUGGUCUUUGACAACCGUACCCUCAACUACAUCAAUGAAAUCCUGCUGGGAAACUUUGGGAAUGCCACAGCUGCAGAAGAUGAAGCAGGGAAAGGAGGAAGAGGCUUCUCAGAGACCCAACACAAAGUCAGACAGGAGAAAUGAAGACCCUGCGCUGAGGAGAUUGGGGCCUCUUGCAUAGACAGGAAGCAGGAUGACUCAUGUGUGCCCACCAUCUCCCAAAGACUAUAGUGUUAUGUGCAACACAGCUGGAUGUAGAGGUGCCUUGCAGGAUCCUGCCUCCCCGCUUCUUCUGAGAGGGAAAUACUCCUCCAAAUUGCUCCUGCCAACAGCUGCCUGGCAAAUUUCCAUUGCUGGUGUGAUUGUUGGGGCCCCUGAGAGUUCAUGUUCCCCCAGACAAUGUUUUUCCCGACUAUAGCUAUUACAAAUCUCAUUUCAUUUAUCUGUUGGAGAUAAAGGUAUUGUACAUUA